GAUGGCUAAUUAUGAAAAGGGUUAAAAAUAAUUUUUAAAAUACGAUUUUUGUUCUUUUGGUUUGCUAAAGCCAAGAUGAUUGUUAAAUAUAAGACAAGUUGUGGAAAACUAUUUGUUCAACCCCUUUGUUUUGCACUUAACCUGUUGGUUAAAAAGUUAAAAAACAGAGUGAAACAAAUCAAAAGAAAGAAAAGCAAUCCUCAACGUCUGGUUAUUAUUCAACUGCUUUUCUCUCUCUCUCAAACUGUACUCUGAAAGCUCAUUUCUUCAUUAAAAGCUAAACCCAUAAAAAAAGAAUUCCAAUAACAUUGCUCCUCAUCUCGAAUCUGACUGUUAAAGGGGUCUACAAUUGAUCAUCUAAGAUGUCAUAUUUUCACUUGUAAGUUACUCUCUCUGUCUGGAACAGUUAACUUUUCUAAAGAAAUGAAUAAAACAAUAUUGCCUUUCCUGUUGUUUGUGGCUUAAUUGACCAUUUGAAAAGGCUUUGUCUUUUCAAUUCUAGGUUGAUUUUGAAUUUGGGUCUUAAAUGUUGUAGAGAUUCUUUUAGUAAAAGUAUCAAAUUUGCUUUUCUUGUGGAUACCUUGUCUAACUGGAAAAUAAAGGAUAAUGCUUUGAUGAUUCAUGAUUCUAAUAACAGAAAUGCAACAUUGAAAUUAUAGGCUUGAAUUGCCAACAAAUAUGAAAUUUCUUACAGUCUUGCAUUGGAGGGACCAAAACUCUGAAUUCUGCUAGUCCUAUUUGCUAAAUUCUGUAUAGUGGGAUGAAUUCCAUGAACCUGGAAAAUAUCCUACAAUGGUUAAAGAGGAAAGGGUUUUUGACUGAUAUUUGAAAUGUUUUGCUUAUUGUGAUUCGUUGGACUGGUCACAUUGUGAUUUAUGGCAUUGGCGUGCUAGGAACUUUAUGAAUUUUGCCAGUAGCUUGAGUUUUGAUGUGCAGCCUAACAGAAUUUGGAAAUUGGAAUUAUUAGCAUUGCCAUGUGGUAAUCUUUUUCGCCACUGGACCACAAUGCAUUUCCCAUGUAUUCUUGUUGCAUGGUGAACUCAUGGAUAAAACUUGUUUGAAUGAUUCAUUGUAUUGUCAAGUACUUGUUUGAAAGAGAAAACUACAUGAUUGACAUUCUUGUGAUUGUAGUGAAGUUCUAUUAUCAUAGAAAAGCUGUGAUUGUUCUUCUUGUCUAGUCUACACAGCAUUGAUCUUUUUUAUGCAAUGUCUUUAAAAUCAAAAGCAUACUCUCAUUAACUUAUACUCCUAGGUUUUUUUGCAUUCAAAGGAAUGAUUUUAUAUGCUCAAAAAGUUGCUUCAGCAUCAAGACUGUUCCAAAGUAUAACCUUUUUUUUUUUUUUUGGAGUUUUGACCCACCAGGAGAUUGUCUGUUCGACAUCCACCUUCCAGUCAUGUUCCAUACACCCUUUUGUGGCCUCUUUCCUCUGUGGAGGAUUAUACGCCUUCCCAUCCAAACAUAUUGCAGUCAAAUUACCAUAAAUUUGUUAUAAAGAAAGUAUAUUUCUCAUACUCCCUUAGAUGUUCCUUGAGUCUUCAACCUGUUAGAGCCUUGCAAACUUCCAUGGGUGCAGGCAACACUAGUUGGUCAAAAGAUAGUCUAAAAUCAAUACAGAUGCAAAACUUGAGUGAGGAGGCUCAGGUAUAUGGUUGUUAUAGCUCUCAGGAAUACUCUAAUGAUGAAGACUACAAGGAAAAGCAAAGGAGGAGGAAGAUAGGGCUGGCAAAUAAAGGGAGGGUGCCAUGGAACAAAGGCCGGAAACAUAGUGCUGAGACACGUUUACGAAUCAAGCAAAGAACAAUAGAAGCCUUGAAUGAUCCCAAGGUGAAGUCAUAUAAGACUGAAGUACUUUUGGGAUGUUUUUAAUUUUUACAUGAAUAUUCUUGAAAUAGGGUGUAAGCACUCAUGAUAUGUUGACAAACAAAUAAGAGUUGUUCUCAGUACAUCUGCAUUAUCAUUUGCUACACAUAGGCGUCAAUUUUAAUAUACUUAUAGAAGUAAUCACUUUUACUAGCGACUAGUUUUUCAAUAGGCAGCAAAAAUAUGGCAUCUUGUUUUCCUAUUUUAUCUCUAUUAUUGUUUUUGUUUAUUAUUUUUCCGAUGAUUUCAUUGAAAAUUUGUCCAUCCCUCCAUUUCCAGGUUAGGAAGAAGAUGUCCGAACAUCCACGACCUCAUAGUGAGGAAAGCAAGGCAAGAAUUGGGUCUUCAGUGAGACGUGUUUGGUGCAAGCGUUUGAAAUGUAAACGGUUAGGGGAGAGAUUCUUUCUAUCAUGGAUGAAAAGUAUAGCUGAAGCUGCUAGGAAAGGAGGGAGUGACCAAGCAGAGCUAGAAUGGGAUAGCUAUGACAAGAUAAAACAAGAAAUAGCUUUUGAACAGCUCCAGUGGACUACUGAGGAAGCCAAGGGAAAGGAGAAGGCCAAGGAAAGAGCAGCAACAGCAAAAGCAGAAAAGAUAGUUAGGAUCGCUCAAAAGAUAAAAGAGCAGGAAGAGAAAGAAAAAGCAAAAGAACAAAAGAGAAAGAUGCAAGAAAAAUCAAAGAAAGAUGAGAAGGUGGCAGAUUCCCAAGGAUUGAAACUUAAGCAGAGAUUAACAAUGAUCCGCAGAAAGAAAUCCAUAAAUAGUCAAGUUAUUAUUCAAGGAGACACAGCGCAUUUCCCAGCACUGGAGAAAUUGAACAUAGAGCUUAUAAAGAAAGAGAAAAUGCAAAGUGAAGUUUCACUUGCGGAGCAGAUCAAAGCAGCCAAAAGCAGAAGAGCAGAAUCAAUUUCUGCAAAGGUUCUGGCAGUUUCAUCAUCCAUUCUCUCAUACAGUGAGAGACUAGAAGACUAAGCUCCAAAGAUGAUUGUUCCUGUAAACAAAAUCAAAGCAAGGUAUAUCAGGUAGAAGGUGAUUGCCCUUUCCUAGCUUCUAUGCUUCCUUUUGCUGAUAUGUUUAUUCAAUGGUUUCAUUAUCACUUUCAUGGUAUAGGACAACAGUCAAAAUAUUGGAUCCAUUCCGAUUGUCCGUGUCUAAUCCAUGAAGUAAAUUUUGAUCAAAGUGAUCAUUGACUUGCUUUGUUCCUCCCCUGCUUCCUGCUCUUGCUUUAUUCAUAUUUUUCCAAUAAUGUUCAGUCUUCUAAUUUCCUGCUCUUGUCACUGGGUAGCUUAGUGGAUGCUUUGCACUUUGAGCUAUUACCUCUCAUCUGAUUACCAUAUUCAGACUCAAACUGGAGCAAUUGCUGAUAUCGGGUUAAAGAUUUUUUUGAGGUUUUGAGAAAUAGAGUUUAGUGUUGCUUUCCAAUGAUUCUGGUGAAACUAGUAUGCGUAUGAAACAUCACAGUAAAGCUUCUUAGUUAUUCUUCAACACUGCUAUACACUUUGUGAUGUCAACUAGUAUGCAAAUGAAACAUCACAGUAAAGCCUGUUAGGUAUUCUUUAAUACUGCUCUGUUCUUUGUGAUGUCGAUUAUCACGGUAGCUGACAAAGAAAUUCUGUUGAUCGUAUCAUUUUAGUUAUCAACAUGGUAUGUUUACUAAUUCUGAUUCUUGUCCAAACUUUUUAACACUUUUUUUUUAUCUUAAUCUUCUAGCCAUUUUUUAAAAAUAUUGAAGAAAUCUUUAAAAUUGUUGGGAUUCAAGGG